UGAGCUCACGGAGAUCAGUCUUAGAAGAUCGAUGGCCGAGUUGGUCCGAGUGAGCUCAGCGAUCGCACCCUUUGUUAUAAAUCUGCGCUGUAAAUAUUUGCAGGGGGGCGGCGGGCUCUCUAUAGCCGAGCGGGAGGCUGUGUUUAGGAGAGCCGGGGUUGCGGGUUAGUCUGAGGUCUGUGGUGGGAUUGGAAACGCCCUGUGAGUCUCAGCUUCCGCGGCACAGACUCUGCUUGUGUUUGUCUAAAACCAAAGGGGUUUAAAACAGGAGGGAAAGAAAGCGUGAAGGAAGAAAAUGAAAACACGACACCGAAAAGGAGGGGCGGCGAAGCGCUCCACCCGCGGCAAUAAAGCAGGCAGGGCGACUGAGGAAAUCUCUACUGAUCUGAAGAAAGAUGUGGAAAUCGAAAAAAAAAAGGAGGCUCCUGAUGUGCAGUCUGCAAAGGUUAAUGGGGAGGCCACUGAGCUGGACUGCAGCCACAUUAAAAGGGAGGCCACUGAGCUGGACUGCAGCCACAUUAAAAGGGAGGCCACUGAGCUGGACUGCAGCCACAUUACAGAGGAGGCCACUGAGCUGGACUGCAGCCACAUUAAAGAGGAGGCCACUGAGCUGGACUGCAGCCACAUUAAAGAGGAGGCCACUGAGCUAGAGCCUGUCCCCAUUAAAGAAGAGGCUGCUGUGGGCGUCAAAUCUAAAAGAGCUCGGAAGCCGUGUCUGUGCUCCGAAUGCGGGAGGAGUUUCGGUAAACUGGGAGAUCUCCGCAGACACCAGCUGAUCCACACGGGAGAGAAACCGUUUCCCUGCUCCGACUGUGGCAAGAGUUUCCGACGCAAGACCCACCUGAGCUCCCACCAACUCAUCCACACUGGAGAGACUCCGUUUCCCUGCUCCGACUGUGGCAAGAGCUUCCGACACUCCGGAAACCUGCAGAAGCACCAGCAAAUCCACACAGGAGAGGCUCCACACGUCUGUGAGGAUUGCGGGAAGGGAUUCCGACAGUCCGGGCAUCUGAAACUGCACCGGAGGACCCACAGCGGGGAGACUCCGUACGAGUGCGCCGACUGUGGGAGGCGUUUCGGGCGGCUCCAGUACCUCCUUGUUCACCGGAGAUCCCACACCGGCGAGAGCCCGUACUAUUGCAGUGACUGUGGGAGCCUUUUCAGAAGCCUGGGGAACCUUCAGUCACACCAGAGGAUUCACACUGGGGAGAAGAAUUACCACUGCUUGGAGUGCGGUAAGUCAUUUCGGCAGCUGGGUGUGCUCAAGACGCACCAGCGCACUCACACGGGAGAGAUGCCUCACAGCUGCCCCGACUGCGAGAGAAAGUUCCGGAGCACCGGUGGCCUCGCGGUCCACAGACGUGCGCACACAGGAGAGAGACCAUACAGCUGCUCAGAGUGCGGCAAGAGCUUCCGAGAAUCUGGAGUGCUGAAGAGACAUGAGAGAAUUCACACAGGAGAGAAGCCCUACAGUUGCACGCAGUGCAGUAAGAGCUUCAGCCAGCUGACCUCAUACAACACACACCAACGCCUCCACACGGAGGAGAAGGAGUUUCACUGCCCCGACUGCGGGAGGAGCUUCCGACACGCCAACACGCUGGCGGGACACCGGAGGAUCCACACGGGAGAGACUCCGUACGAGUGUGCAGAGUGUGGGAAACGGUUCAGGAACCCGGACAACUUAAAAAUCCACCAGCGGGUUCACACUGGGGAGAAGCCCUACAGCUGUGGGGAGUGUGAGAGGCGCUUUGCCACGGCCACCAACUUGAAGACUCACCAGCGCACCCACAGCGGAGAGAAAGCGUACGUCUGCUCCGACUGUGGAAAGAGGUUUGCUGAGCCGCACCACCUCAAAUCUCAUGCCCGACUCCACACAGGAGAGAAACCGUAUCCCUGCUCCCAAUGCGGGAAGAAGUUCCGACACUCCUACGGGCUUCAGACUCACAAGAGGAGCCACAGCGAGGAAGCCCCUUACCACUGCCCAGACUGCCCCAAGCGGUUCAAACACCCGGGGGGCUUGAAAACCCACCGCCGUCUCCACACGGGGGAGAGACCAUACAGCUGCAGGGUUUGCGGGAGGAGCUUUAAUCAGGUGACCAAUCUGAAGACCCACGAACGCCUUCACACAGGCGAGAGGCCGUACGGCUGUGCCGACUGUGGCAAGAGCUUCAACGAACAGCACCAUCUAAAAACACAUCGGCGCAUUCACACUGGAGAGAAGCCCUACCCCUGCUCCCAGUGUGAGGAGACAUUCAGACACUUGAACAGCCUGCGAAGGCACGAGAGCGCUCACAGGGAAUGAGCCGUUUUGAAUCACCCAAACAACUUUACACUUAGUUGUGCCAAUGUAUUACAGCUACGGCCAAAAGUUUUGCACCAUCACCCUAUAGAAGGAAUUAAAUUGUUUUCAUAAAGUUGAAUGAAUCCUGCUGAAUAAUGUUGCUUUAGCAUAUUGAAUUGCAUACCACUUAGUAGUUGUCCAUGUACUUAACAUAAAAAAGCUGACAUUGAAAUAAUUGUAAUUGUAAUACAAAAACAUACGUUGUGAUUUUUAAUUAUCUACACUUUGUUUUGAAGCAGAAAGUGGAUAUUUAACGUCUCAUUUUGUUCAAUUCUGUAUAGCUGUGGUAGCAUUUUUAAGCAGUGCAUAUAUAAUCUGAAAUAAAAACACAUUGAAAAUGUGAAAAAAUGCCAAGUUAUCAAAAGUGCCCUGCCGUA